GCCCGGUCCGCCCGCGGGGCGCGGAGCAGCCGGGGCGGGGCUCGGGGCGCGCUACCUGCGCGGCCGCGGGGCCGGGCGAGGCGCGGCGGCGGCGGCGGCACCAUGAGGGUUAACUUGGGCGCGCUCUCCUUCUUCGUGGCCCUGGUGGGACUUUCGAGCUUCGUCUUCCUCGUGGUGGCCAUCGCCACCGACUUCUGGUACAUCAUCGAUGCCUCCAAGCUGGAGGCGUCCCAGAACGGCACGGACGCGCUCAGCUCGCACUCGGGGCUCUGGCGGACCUGCCGCGUGAGGAGUGAAUGUUACCCUUUGAUAAACCCCUUCUGGCACGAGAAUGCGAACAUCACCGAUUCACACAGACAGCUUUUGUACAUGCAUGGAACAUUUGUCAUCCUGAUGCCCCUCAGCCUGAUACUGAUGAUUUUUGGAGGAAUGACUGGAUUCAUCAGUAUUCUUGCCAGGGCCUACCUACUGCUCCUAAUGACUGGACUGCUUUUCCUUUUUGGAGCUCUCGUUACCCUUACAGGGAUCAGUGUCUACAUUGCAUACUCAGCUGCUGCCUUCCAAGAAGCUGUUUGCCUCCUGAGGAGCAAGGACCUGCUGGUGGAAAUCGACAUCAGGUUUGGCUGGUCCCUGGCCCUGGUCUGGAUCUCCUUUGUGGCAGAAGUGCUCACUGGGGCCGUGUUCCUCCUGGCAGCAAGAGUGGUGGGUCUGAAACGGCAGCGUGAGCAGGCUCUGUGAGCAGCAGGUGCCUUUGCAACUACAGAGCCCUGCAGAGCCUGAUAACUCAGAUUGCUUGGUCCAUGUGGUCACUAGGGGCAAUAAGAGUGCAAGGCUGAGUAUCUUGUCAGCUGCUGUAAGCCUUUUUCCUCACAGGUGGCUGUAAAACACAAAGGCCCUGGUAAAUCAGUGAAACAUUCCACGUGUUGUCAAUUAGGAAACCCUUGUGUCCUUAGAAGAGAGUGCACUGCAGUGUUUGUAUUUCCAGAAUCAUUUCAGCUGACAGCUCAUCAGACACGUCCAUUUGCUGCUUAGAACAAGGCAGAUUUCUUGCUUUCUUUUCUCUUUUCUGCUGUCUCAGCAAAGUGACCUUGCAGGUCAGAUUUUGGGCUCUCCUGAGAGCUCUUAGAAGGACAUGGACCUGUUGGAGUGGGUGCAGAUGAGGCCGUGAAGAUUCUCAGAGGACUCAGCCCCUCUGCUCUGGAGAUGGACUGAGAGAGCUGGGGCUGUUCAGCCUGGAGAAGAAAAGGCUCUGGGGAGACCUUAAAGCCCCUCCCAGCACCUAAAGGGGCUCCAGGAGAGCUGGAGAGGGACUUUGGGCAGGGGCCUGGGGGUUGGACUAAUGAUAUUUCACAUCCUUUCCAAGCCAAACCAUUCAGGAUCCUGCAAUCCAGCAGAUGGUAGUGGUGUGAUGCUGAAGUUCUCCAGGGCAGUGCAGUGGUGAGUGCACUGCAAGAGAAAGAUACAGCUGUUUUCCAGAUGUUCUAACUGCUGGAGACAGCCCAAAUCUCUCAAUGAUCAGCCUACAUACUUCUCUCCAGUUUAUUACUAGCUGCUUUUCCAGCUCUGCAAUGCAGGAGAUGUAUCUGAUGUAUUUUUCCAGUUUUUACUUUGCAGUUUUGAUGAUGCUUCUUUUCCAUGAAGUUUGUGCACGUGCUUUUGUGCUAGAAUGUUUAUCUUGUGCUGAAACUGCUGAGUAAACUGAACGUGCAGGACACAUGAAUUUCAUUUUGGGUGCCAAACAAUCUACUUUUUCCUCUUCAGUGCCCACUGAAGUUACUGAAGAAAUUUUCCCCUGUCUGCUGUGCUGAGUAGAGACUUGAAUGUGAUAAGAGCUCCCCUCCAUUUCUGUUAGAUCAUGUAUUUCUGGAGGCCCUCAGCACUCUGCAGCUCAGGACUGUGACUCAGGAGCUGUGUCAGGCACCCUCUGUCGCUGGGCAAGCCCCUUGUCCAUUCUCCAGCAGCACAAAGGGCAUCAUUCACCUACCUCUGUUAAACUCCAGAACAAUUUUAUCAGUCUGUCCUGUGUUUAAGAUUGCACAUUCACUCCCACCAAGCUCAGCUCUAAUCUUAGUCCCAAAGUACCAAUUUUUUAAUGAAAAUAUAGUGGCAGGGAGCUCCUGAGAGCUGACAGGCUUUGGAGAUAGAAAGGAGCAUUUUAAUGCCAUGUUGUGAAUGGAGAACUGAGCCAGGAAACUUGUCCAAGGUCACACAAAACCAGAGUUUCUGAAUCCUGGGCUAAGACCUUACUUGUCAGAUCUUACUUGUUAUCAGAAUUAAAUAAGGCUCAAAAUCCUGAAUAGACUGAGCAGUAGAAAUUCUGUGACUAACUAGUAUAAUUUUGUAAUUCUUAGUUGCUCCCACAUUGGUUUCAGGUAUUUUCCAUGUUGCCUUAUGUUGGGACCAUGUAAUUGAGUAAUUUUACAACUUAAAGCAUACCAAAUCAGCUCUAUAAGAAAUGUAAGAAAAAAAUCCUUUGUAGUAAAAAUUCCAUGUGCUUAAGUGAAUUAUGUAAAAUGUUUCGGUGCUGGUGAAACUAUUUAUAAUGCAAUUCGUAUGAUGUUACUCAGACAUUACUGCAAGCUGUAACAAUAAAAUAUCAUCUGAGUUAUUUUCUGAAUAUUUAUUACAGAUGUUAUUUUAAAGUGGUUUUGAGUGUUGUAAAAUUAAAUAAAAUGACAUCUCAGAGUGGGAAUUAUUUGCCAAGACAAGAAAGAACUAAGAUAUUUAUUUUUCUUUAACUUCUUCUGCAGAUUUAUUCUACUGUUUUUAUAACGCUUUUGAAGUGCCUGUGUCAGAUGUGGUAGGUAUUAAAAAGAUAUUUACACAGCUACAAUAUAAAAUACUCAAGU